GUGAUGGUUACGCGCAAUAUCAACGCGUGGGUCAUCCUUUUAUCUUUGAACGAUAACUGAAGUGUUUACUUGGACACAAGAAGAAAAAAUAGUCUUCACUCUUCAGUGGGGCUACUAGAAAGAAAGAGAAAGCACAUGACCUCCUCCAUACCAUUGGGUCAUCAGCCUCCGUGUCUAGCUCCGCAGCAGCUGCGCGACAGAGAUGCUUUGAAACGUCGUCCUGAUAUGGAUACAGACAAGGAUAUGUUUGCUGCUGUUAUAGAGGGCAAUGAUGCUGUUACCGGUCACAUCAUUUCUACUACCAUUGGAGGCAAAAACGGCGAACCUAAACAGACCAUUAGUUACAUGGCAGAACGGGUUGUUGGAACAGGAUCAUUUGGAAUUGUAUUCGAGGCAAAGUGCUUGGAAACUGGAGAAUCAGUAGCCAUUAAGAAGGUUUUGCAAGACCGGCGCUACAAGAACCGUGAGCUUCAGUUAAUGCGGCUAAUGGACCACCCAAACGUUGUUUCCUUGAAGCAUUGUUUCUUCUCUACAACGAGUAGAGAUGAGCUCUUCCUCAACCUCGUUAUGGAGUAUGUGCCCGAGACUUUGUACCGGGUUUUGAACCACUAUACUAGUUCAAACCAGAGAAUGCCUAUUUUCUAUGUCAAACUUUACACAUACCAAAUCUUUAGAGGCUUGGCUUAUAUCCAUACAGCUCCUGGUGUCUGCCACAGGGAUUUGAAACCACAAAAUCUUUUGGUUGAUCCUCUCACUCAUCAGUGUAAGCUGUGUGAUUUUGGAAGUGCAAAAAAUAUUGGUACUCAUCUCUCCAGAAUCCUCCCCAAUCCUUUUGAUGUCUUUUUGUAUUCUCAGCCGUUGUUCCCGGGAGAAAACUCUGUGGACCAGCUAGUGGAGAUCAUCAAGGUUCUUGGUACUCCAACUCGAGAAGAAAUCAGAUGCAUGAAUCCAAACUACACAGACUUCAGAUUCCCACAGAUCAAAGCUCAUCCUUGGCAUAAGGUUUUUCAUAAGCGGAUGCCUCCAGAAGCCAUUGACCUCGCAUCUCGGCUUCUUCAGUAUUCACCGAGCCUACGUUGCACUGCGCUGGAAGCAUGUGCACAUCCAUUUUUCAAUGAACUACGAGAGCCCAAUGCACGUCUUCCAAACGGCCGACCUCUACCACCAUUGUUCAACUUCAAACAAGAGUUAUCAGGAGCUUCACCAGAGCUUAUAAACAGGCUAAUACCUGAGCACGUUAGGCGGCAGAUGAUUUGAGGCUUUCCAUUACAAGCUGGUCACUAGAAAAAAGGAUUUUGAAACUGAGAUGUUAUUAUUCACUUUUGACUGGCAGAGACACCUUUUUCUAGUGUAUAAUUUGUUCAUGGUCUCGCACGCAGUACAAGAAAACAACCGUCGUUUGUCGUUCAUAUGGAUGCAGAGCUACCUGAGUGGUUCGCAGAGUAGUCUGCUUUGUUUGCUGAUAAAAAAAAAAAAUUGUUCAUGGUUAUGUCCGUAAGACAGAACCGCAUAGUGAUGGAAGAAAUGAAUGAUAAUGUCUAAAACUUUAAGCGUUAUUGAUUAUAAGGUAGGAGCUUAUAUUACUUGAGCAUAUCUCUAAGUAUGACAGAUUAACUUCAUGCAUAGGCACAUAGGAUGUGACUAUUGCUUUUUGUUAUCUCUCUCUCUUUUGUUUGUUAUCAUUUUACAUAUAUUUAACUUAAUUUUACUCA